UAGUCGGGCAGUCAGUCAGUCAGUCAGGCAGUAGUUGUCUUCAGUUCUGGUGUCUAGUUAGACGUAGCAUAACAGUGUCUCGUGGAGUUCUUCAGUGUGUAAUUCCUAGCGUCAGUGUGUAAUUUCGAUCUUAUUUCAUUCUUUAAUCAAAGAUGGUGGUUUUAAGUGAGAUUAAGGCUUUUGCGAUUAGCGUUGCGCUUGGUGAUAACCGAAGAAAAGUUUCCUAGGUUUACCUUUCAGGAGAUAAAGCGAUACAAGUAUUUAUUACUAAUCAGCUCGCCUCUGAUCGUCGUAUAAUGCCGUCAUUAUACUUUUUGAACUUCGAGUGCAUUAUUUUUUUGAGUUUCCUGCCUUCCGUUGUGAGGGGUCAGAGAGAGCAACAUUCUGUAAAUGCAGAAGACUAAGUUCUGAUUUGCAUCGAAGUCGUCGACAGAUCCAGGGGUGUCAUCAAGAUGGGUGCCAACGCCGAGAAAAAGUACGAGCAGUACAUCCAGGGUGCCAUCGAGAAGUAUAAGACCACAAGGAAAGAUCUCAUGAUCAAGUUCCGUAACACCACCCUGGCAACCCAGUCUAGAAAACCGGACACUCUGCCUCCAGAGCCGCCUGACAGUUCGAACAAGAAAGAAGCGGAGAGAUCAAAGGAAUUGCAGAAAUCAAAGACAAGUGCCUUAAGUCUCAGCAAAAGCAGGAAUAGUGCAAGCGAAAGGCGGUCUGGCCGCGGAGGACCCUCAUCUGGGGCAGGAGGAGGCAGACGUCCCAGUCUGAUUGCUGUUCCAAUUAAGAGAACGCUAUUAGCGAAAACGAUUGCCACAGCAGGUCUUAAAUCCCCUUUAGGACGAAGGAAAUCUGGCAACUGGGGGAGCAUCAUGAAAGGGGUCACAGUUUUAAAAUCCAGUCAUAGGCGGAGGAGUAGUGCUGCUAUAAGUAUAGCAAACAGUGGGAAAUUGCCCGUCCUGUCACAGAGUGCAGCAAGAAAGGCAGGUGCUUCUGUUGGUAAAGUUCCACCUAAGCUGAGCAAGCUCACGCCAUCUCAAAAAGCCAGUGGUGGCAGUUGUGGCACUACAGCUCAGUUAAGUAAAGGGUCAAGUCCCAGGAGCAGCAUUGAUAAAACUCACAGAACUGAGCCGCAUUUAAAAACGACUAACCUACAGAGCAGUGUCAAAAGUUCAUCAGGCAAGUCUUCUUUAAGCAGUAAUGAUAAUUCCCCAUCAAAAAUAGACACAGAUGAUGCUAAGAAUACUGGUUCAGUAAAGAAUGCAAACAAACAGGAUUCUAGCAAGGGCAGCAGUGCCAAAUUUCCUAAUAAACUUAAGACUUUAGUUUCCACCAUCUCUUCAUCUUCCCUCAGAGUUUCUAACUCUGGUGAAAGCACAAAAACCGGAUCAUCAGUAGGAAGGAAUUCUGCUCAGACAAAGCCUUUUGGGGACACUAAACGCCCUGUUAGUGUUGGGGGUUUUGAACGUCAGAAAACGUCACUUGAACCUAUGAGUGUAAAUCGAAAUCUAAAAAGAGAAAAAACAUCAUUAGAUCUUCGUUCUGCCAGUGAUCGAAAAUCAUGGGAUGUUGGUAAACACUCCAGUUCAGCUGGAAAGAAACCUACAGGAGAAUCUUUGCAUAAUGAUCGGCAGUUGCGACCACACAACAGAUCCGUGAGUGGUCUACAAACGCCAAAUAAGCAUUUGUCGAGAGAAAAUAGUACAGUCGGAAUCCCCCCCAGGAGAUUACAGGAGCGUCCUAAAAGCAGUGACGUUGGUAGAUCAAUAAAUGAUAGCUCUGUCAAAAGGUCGAACGCCGGUACUAAUAGACUGUCUAGAGAGUACAGCAAUUUGAGCAAUAGAUCUUCAGAUAGCAGCACUCCUUCAAAAAUUCCAAAUCCCACUCUCAAUAGAUUGUCAAGGGAGUACAGCACUUUAAGCAGCAAGUCGUCGGACAGUGGCACAUCUGGAAAACUUAAGAAUCCUACUGUCAAUAGGCUGUCCAGAGAAUACAGUACUUUGAGUAAUAAGUCUUCAGAAGGUGGUACCAAAGGAAAUAGGCCAAUCACAACCUCAAAUCGAUUGUCAAGAGAAAACAGUAGUCUGAGUAGUCAUUCCAGUAUAGACAACACUUCAGUCAAGCCCCAGAGAACAGUGAAAUCUCCCAGGACAGGUGGUGUAUCACCAAGCAGUCUUUCAAGGGAAAGUAGCCAUUUGGGCAGCGCGUCAAGAGUACAAAACCGAACAUCUCCAAGACCAUCAGGAACGAUCGGUGCUCCCAGUAAAAUUGCCCCUAGCAAGUCUCCUGCAAACACCAAUGCUGCAGGACCAACUUCCCCUCGUAAAACAACAGCGGGUAGUAGCCCCAUGGGUAGAAGUUUAAGCCCAACCCAAAGGUCGGUCCGGAACAGCAUCAGUUCCAGCAAGAUACUGUCCCCGAAACCCUUCGUCAGAGUCGAGACCAGAACCUCGGUGGUCCGUGUGGAAGUGACGACGACAAAGAGCUCCGGUGAUAGGGGUACUAAGACUCGCUCUGGAGGAGAGUUCCUGUCGGUGCCACCUCCGCUCGCCUCUUCGGAUCUCCCGCCACGCAGACGCAAUAUUGAUUUCAACCACUCCACCAACCGCUCUGCGUUUGGCAGAAUGGCCGCCAGAGGGCCAGAGGGGCCUCACCCUCACCACCCCUCUGUGACGUCACAGUCAAAUGACAACAAACCUGGAAGGGUCGUGUCUGACCACAGCUCCUACCUGGACAUUGAGGGCAAUAUCCGGCCAGGGUUCAAGAGGUCUAGUGUGAGGGAGGGUCAUGAGGCGAAAAGGGGAGUGAGGAGGACGGACAACGGGUGUUACAGAGAGUGCAGUGAUGACGAAGGGGAGUAUAAUGACGUAGACAGUGAGGGGAACUUAGAGUACAAUGAUUUCCAGUACUGGCGGAGAGAUUUGCCGAAUGUGUCCAAGGAAAUAAAGUACGCCCUCCGACGGGGAGGGCGCUCUCCAAACGAGCGUGCGGACAGAGGCGAAGGGAAGAAUAGAAACGCUGCUCUCCGUAACGACAGACAGAUCGAUUUGAAUAAGAGCGACUCGAGAAGGCCAAGAAGAGAGCAGCUCCGCACAGAAGGAGACGGGGAAAGAUAUCGCCUCCACCACCAGCAGCCGUUGCAUUCGGCGGGGUCUCCUUCCACACCUCGCCGAAACAAGUCGUUCCCACGCCCUCGUGUCACCACGCCCUUCAAGGCUCGUGGGCACGACUCCAGGUUGACUCCUUACAUCGUCUUUGAUGACCUGGGCGGCGAAUCUUGCACCGACGAUGCUCCCGUCAGCGACUCGCUUUGGAAGAACAGAGACAGAGACGGCGACGAUGAUGAUGAUGACUGCUUCUACGACGACUACGACAGUGACGAGGAGAACCGUCGUCUCUUAAGUAGGAGGCGUCGCGUCAAGUCUGGUUCUAUAUCCGUCAGUGAUUAUUCCAGACUGGUGUGUGCUCGUCCCUUCGGGUCCCCGUCAAUUCCCCGUUGCUCUCUGCAGCCUCUUUCCCCACAGGCCGACGACAUCCACGAGUUCCUGAGAAGGAACUCGGCGCCGGCGGACGCCAUCAAUGAACUUCUGGGGACGAUUGAAGAGAGGAGUGACAGUGGGGAACGACUCCUGAAGAUACAAGAGUGUUGGGAGUCCUCGGACGACAAGCUAGAGGCCGUCGAUGUCAUCAGGAACUACUUGAAGGAGGGAGACAUCAACCACAACUCCCACACGGGAGACGGGAGUCUCUUCGAGUACGAUACCGACGACAGCGACGUUGCGGAAGCCUCCUACGACAUGGGGAACAUCCAGGGAGCCGAUGGCAAGAAGGGCGGGAAGGGGGAGAAGCAGAAAGGGAAGGAGAAGGGGCGCGGUAAGUUGACGAAGGGCAAGUCCCCCUCCAAGGCAAAACUGCAUGGCAGUAAAGACACUCUGGAAGAGGGAGCGAGGUUCCCUCCGGAGGCCUCCCUCAUGGGAUCCUCCACGAACAUCGCAGCAGCAACGGUGUCCGUCGGAGCGAAGAAAUCCCAUGCGCCCUCGAAGCCCACCUCCAUCGUUACUGAUUCUUGGAAAACGGCGAGGAAGAUCGAAUAUGGCCAAGCUUCCCCCUCUGUUGGAAGUUCGGCCCCCGUGGCGUUCGUGGACUCGUCGUCCAGUUCGGAGUCCAUAUUUACGGAGGCGCGAAGUGGCGGGGGAGGCACCAAUAGUAUUCGCGAAGCCGUGACACCUGUUGAUGGAGCGGUCACGCCCGUCUUCACUGAAACGCUCGACUUACCCAUUGACUCGAUUAUGGCCGGGUACUGCAGUUCGAGCGACACUUCGACAGCCUCCGCCAUACCUCCUGAAAUGCUUAAGUAUACCUCUAGUCAGAAAAGAAAGAAAACGGGAGAGGGGCUUGACGAUGAUAAAGCAGUGAGGAAUCUGGAAACGAAAACGGCGGCGGUGGUUGAUGACAAUAGGAGAGAGAAAACGGGCGCUGGGUCAGGCGGGAAGAGUUCCAAGCCUCGGGGCAUCCCCCCCCAUCCUGCAGCCCCCGCCGCCGCCGCACAGGUAGACAUCACAACAGACCCACGAGUUCAGAAGAGUCCUGCACAGGUGCUCUCACACGUUCACACGCCGCCGUCCUUGUCUUCUGAUCAACAACAGCGCGAGAGUGACGAUAUCGCCGCCAAAACCAGUGUUCAUAUCGGUGCUAGUGCAGAUAGUGAUGUGUUGAGCCUCCGAGGGGUCGAUCUCGAUUUCAGUGUCUCGACCAACAAUAGCAGUAGUGUUUUUUUCGAGGAGAGUGACGGAGGGGAGUUCCAGCAAUCGUCCUUCUCUUCCACCCCUGCCGACCGAGGCGCCGCAUCUCAGCGUCCCUCCUACAGGGGACAGCAGGGGUCGGGAACCACAACCGAGGACAGUGUAGGAUCUUUCAUUUGCGUCAAACUCGAGCCUGUUUCUCCGUCCCCGAGGCCCAAGAGUCAGUCCUUGGGAGACGAACUCGAGGCUCAGGAUGACCCCGGGGACGACUGGACCUCGGAUGGCAAACCCAGGUCAUAUUCCGCCGACGAGUUAGAAUACGACGACGACGACGACGUCGACGACGAAUUCGAGUACUUCGAAGGUGACGACGACAUGCCUCAAGCCUCGGCUGCAGCAGCGGGAAGGGGCGCCAAUGGCAGCGCCUUUCGGGUGUCCCGUCACCGGAAGGUGGAACUCCAGCCUGCCAAACCCUCGGCCGGUCGUGGGGUCACAUCUGCUGCCAGCAACAACAACAACAGCGCUGCCAAGAACCGAGCCCUCUCGGAGAACUGCAUCUCGGGAAAUGGGACAGAGCAGCGCGGAAGGCGGAGUGGCAGCAGCGGCGACGUCGGGGUGGUGGACAGCAAUGUCCUCCGGAAGGUGGCCAGUCUUACCCUCGAUCGGGCCAUCAUCGAAAAGAGGGUCACCAAGCCAAAGUUUGUGCCUGAGAAGUUAGACUUCAAGAUAUACGAGAAGUUUGAAGGUCAAAUGCUGAUAAACUGGUUUGUUAGUGCCUUCAGUGAAGGGCAUUACCUUAGACAUGUUAUUACAAAUCAAGAUCUAAAAAUUUUGGCCACACAAUUUUGCACGUAUCUUUUAGCAGCUGGUGUCUUACGUCAAAUAGAAGAUGUCAGUGCACCUUUAGAAUUACUCUUCAGGCCUGAUUUGAUGUACUUCUGGUCCCACACUGAGGCUUCUCCAGCACAGAUUUUAACUCCAGGGAAGAUUUCUCCCUCGGCAUGGCCUCCACCAAAUUUUGCAGAACUGCUUUCAUCUGCUCGCCCAGGUGCAAAAUAUACAGAAGCUGAUACAGAACAAACCUCUUUGGAGGAUACAACAGAUGAUAACCUCCUUCAUGAACCUAGUGAGGUUAUCAAGACAGAUCAGCAGAAAAUAGAAAACGGGGAGGGAGAAGGAGAAUUUCAGCAAGUUGUAAUGGGAUUAAAGCGAGAACACAAAGAAUCCUUAGAGCGAGUUGAAAGAGAUCAAGAGGUUUCAUUGUUCAAUUUAAGAGGCGAACAAGCUGAGAAACUCUGUCAGUAUGAACAGAGAAUUAGGGAGCUGGAGACAGAAUUGGAAAAACUCAAAACAGUAUCAGCAAUUCAAGAAUUAACAGCAAAGACCAAAGCUGAUUUUGAGUCUCCCACAACUCCUAAGAAGGAAUCCCCAUCUUCCAGUAGUCCCAGAUCAGAACCCCCACCUCCCCCACCCCCACCCCCAUCAGGACCAGGUGUGGCUGUUACCCCUCCCUCCUCACUCCCUAGCAUGGCUGUUGGUCCCGCACCACCACAACCCCCAGGAAUGAUUGGUAUGGGAGCACCUCCACCACCUCCUCUUCCAAACACAAGUGCACCUCUUGCUCCUGCUUAUCCUCCGACCUCUCCUGGCAUGCCUCCUCAGAUCACAGGUGGGCAAGUGCCUCCACCACCACCACCACCUCCACCUCUUCUAUCAGGGAUUAGUGGACCUCCUCCUCCUCCUCCUCCUCCUCUCCCUAUGCUUGGAAUGAGUGGCCCACUUCCUCCUCCACCUCCUCCUAUGCCUGGAAUGGGUGGUUUACCACCACUUCCUCCUCCUCCUCCUCCUAUGCCUGGAAUGGGUGGUCCACCACCACCUCCCCCUCCUCCUAUGCCUGGAAUGGGUGGACCACCACCUCCUCCUCCAAUGCCUGGAAUGGGGGGACCACCCCCACCUCCUCCAAUGCCUGGAAUGGGUGGACCACCACCACCUCCUCCAAUGCCUGGAAUGGGUGGACCACCACCACCACCUCCAAUGCCUGGAAUGGGUGGACCACCCCCACCUCCUCCUAUGCCUGGAAUGGGUGGGCCACCGCCCCCACCUCCAUUUCCUGGGAUGGGUGGGCCGCCACCACCACCCAUGCCAGGAGGAGGCCCUCCUCCUCCUCCUCUACCUCCUGGAAUGAGAGGACCGCCACCCCCUCCAGGUGGUCCAACACCAUUUCCAGCUCCUCCACCAGGCGGUUGGAAUGCUUCACGGCCAGCUGUUCUACGUAAGCAGCCAAUUAAUCCAAAGAUGGCCAUGAAACCACUAUACUGGACAAGAAUACAGUAUAAUACACCAAAACCUCCCAAAUCAGAGACCUCUGAAUCCGAAACAGAAGUAGAGUCUGCUGAUGAGGGAAGCAAGGAGGAAGGUGAAGAGGUAAACGAUGCUGGUGAGGCUGAAAAACCCACCGCAGAUACUACUGACAGUGAAAGUAAAUUAAAAGUGGAAGAGAAUUCAGAGGACAUUAAUAAAGAGGAAGCGGAAAUGAGUGACACUAUGAAAAGAAAUAAAAAGAAAAGGAAAAGGAAGAGAGAACAACUAUCUGAUACUCCUUUGUGGGAUGAAUUAGAAGAAGAAGAAUUUAAUGAAACGGAAUUUGUUAAUUUAUUUUCAAGACAAGUUACACAACCAAAGAAGAAGGAAAAGAAAGAAACAAAACCAGCCAAAAUUCAGGUUGCCAAAGUCUUAGAUAGCAAACGAUCCCAGAAUGUUGGAAUUUUCAUUAAAAGUCAACAUCUAGAUAUAGCAGAUGUUGAGAAUGCUGUAUAUAACUUUGACACUUCAGUGCUUGAUGAAGAAGUACUACAACAAGUGUAUGAAGUGAGAGGAAGUGAAGCAGAAAUUAAUAUGAUAAAAGCACAACUUGAAGCAGCACCAGAUAUACCUUUGGAUAAACCGGAACAGUUUCUUCUUGAUUUAUCUCGUAUCAAUGAAUUUGCUGAGAGGAGUGCCUGCUUUAUGUUCCAGGCAACUUUUGCUGAAGAACUUGACAUAAUACACGGCAGAGUUGAUAUGAUGCGAACUACAAUGAAACUAUUAGUUAAUAGCGAGCAACUGAAAAAGAUAUUUGGUCUAGUUUUGGCCCUUGGUAACUACAUGAAUGGUGGUAACAGAACAAGAGGACAAGCUGAUGGAUUUGGUCUAGAAAUUUUACCUAAGUUAAAGGAUGUCAAAAGCAAGGACUCAGGCUUCACCUUACUACAUUUUGUUGUGGAUAAGUACAUUGAGAAAUAUGAAGGGGAAGAUGCUGGCACAGAUAAAGUUGACCCGCCAGUGCCUGAUCCAUAUGUUGUUCAAAAAGUCAGUACUCUUAAGUUUGAAGACAUGGAGGCAGAUAUGAAAGAAAUCGAGAAGAAUCUCAAAGUGUGUGAAAAUCGUGCUGAAAAAGUCAUAAAGAAGUCCGAUGAAGAACAUAUGCAGCCAUUUAAAGAUUGCAUGACAGGAUUUUUUGCAAAAGCAAAAACUGAGGUGGAAGCAGAGAACCAAAACUUGAAUGAUUGUAAAUUAGAGUUUCAGAAAACCUGCAAAUACUUCCAGUUCAGUGGUAAAGGAGGUGAAGUGACCCCAUAUGACUUCUUCAAUCUCUGGUCACCAUUCUGUCAUGACUUUGCAAACAUUUAUGUGAUGGAGCAACGUAAAAUAGUUAAACAAAGAAUGAAAGCAGCUGAAGAAAAAGUGAAAAAAGUGCAGGAAGACAGGAAUGUAGCAAAGAAAACCAAAGAAGCUGGAGGGUUGAAAAGUAAACUUAAGGAUAAGCUAAAAGCUAAGGACUGAAUUGAAUGUUAAGAUUAUUCACAAUGACUAUGAAUAUGAAUACAAGGUUGUGCUGUGAUAAGAAAUGCCUAGUUUAGUGGAGCCAUGGUGUUUCAGGUAUUAGAAGUGUAUAGUGGAUGAACUUUGUAUUUAUUUGGUGUGUCCAGAGUUACUCAGAUUUUUGGAUAACCAAAAUUUUGUUUGAUUAAUGUCUUGUAAGAGAUAACUGUUGAUCAAGAAGUUUUUGGUUUAUUCUUAGAAUGUUCCUUAAAACAACAAAUAUGUUGGCUUUGAAAACUUUUAUAAAGGCUCAAAUAGUUUGUGUAAACCUGUGAACAAUUUUUAUACAAGUUGUAUAAGAAAUUGAAAGAGCCAGCAGAGUUUGUUGGUGAAAAAUCUGUGAUUAGUGAAGAUGUUGUGAUAAUUUUGUAGUAAUAACUGUUUAACUAAUGAAAAAUUAUCAAGGUGGCUAAUAACUGCAAAAGGAGAAAUAUGUUAAUGGUUGGAGUUUCAGUCUAGUUUCCUAAGGUUGUUUUAGUGAAAUGACUAUAAAGAAUCAGAUGAUGUACUUUUCUGUGAAGCUUGUGCUAGUUUUUUCCAACAAUAAUAUGAUGUGUAAUCAUAUGAAUCAUGUUUAGAAAGAAAAAAACACUCAUCUUAAUCAAAUUAAACUGGACAGUAAAGCCUUAAAUUCUAAGUACGUAAUGCCAAAUGGUGAAACAUGGUGCCAUUAAACUAGACAAUGAAGGCAAAAAUUUGUAUUUUUGCAUAAAAAAGCCCUUUAUAUGUAAGUUUUAACAGGUUUGUAUUAAUGAUUAAAGUGAAUCUGUUUAGUUUUGCUAUAUAAGCUAAAAGUGUGCAUGAUGGUGUAUUUUAGUUUUCAUUUUGACGUACUUAGCAUUUGCCAAAGUCUCCACGAAAGCAGAUCGACAAACAAAUUUUAUUAUAAGUUUAAAUCUUCAUUUCAGAUUUUACCACCUUGCAGAUAGUCAGACUGGGAUCUUACUAUGUACCUGGCAGUAAACACAGACUUCAGCCAUUUCUAUUGACUUCAGAUCUCAGUAAAUGUCAUUAAGAAUUUUUGUAUGCUGUAAAUAUAACACAGUCAAAAAUGAGAGAAAAGUUAAAGAAAUAACUGGUUUGCAUAUGAAAUUCCCCAUGAGUUAUUCUUUGGUUUAUAGGUUGAACAUAUUAUGAUACUCUUCUUUCAGUUUGACCUACUAUAUCAGAGUCAGAAAUAUUUCGGCAUUUUGGUUUUAAACACAACAAGCCAACUGUAAGAGUGGAAGGCUUUGCUUCCCCGAUGUCUAUAUCUGAGAAUUCUUAGAACAUAAUAUGCAUACUUAACCAUAUUUGCUGAAACUGUGAUAGUCAGUUUAAAUGGUAAUGCACAACUUUCUAGUCUCAUCAGCAUUACUGUUCAAUAAUUAUACUGUAUAUAUUAUGUAUAAUUUUGUAAUAUGCUGAUUAUUAAAGUAUUUCAGUGCCUCAUGGACAGUAAACAUGAAAACAAAUCAAAUACAAAUUUUGUUUUAUAAUAACUUAUAUUUUAUAAUAAUUUUAAGUGUGUUGACAGCCAUGCCAAUCCUCUAGUUUUUUGUAUUCUUAAGAACUUGAAUGCCUUCUUUUGUAUACUUAUGCCUUAAUGCCUUCUAGUGGUGGACAAUUCAAGUGGUGACAUACCAUUUGGAAAUAAGCAAUGUAGUGUUUACAUAAUUGUCAAGACCUCCCUCACUAAGAAACUCCAUCUAAUUUUAUGAAAGCUCUCUUCUCCACCAGAGCUAUCAAGUCGGUCCACUGAUUGCGACUCAGUUACCACCAGUGUCUCUAAUUCUUAAAUUUGUGACGAGGACUACAUACGUACUUAUAUUCUCUGUAUUGAUCGACAGCAUGGAACAAACAAAACAUUUCAUUAGUUGCCAGUCGUAAUCUUCUAGAUACUCAUUUAAUAUCCUAGCUUACUCAAGUUUGAGCUUCAUGACUAAUUUUUUGGGGUUGACUUACACACUGGCAUAAAUAAUUCAUUUGGAGUUGGAACAUUUAUACUGAAUGAGUUCAAAAUGACUCUGCAGCCCUGCUCUUUACUUUGUUAUAUUAGUCAAAGAUGCAUACAUAUACAGAUUGUUCUUCCAACUCAGUUUUAUUAUCACCAAGUUCUUCAAUACCAGAGUAUUAUUUGUAUUACACCAUUUUUUUAUGGAGGUAUUUUUGUUAGAUGAACGUAAAUGUGGGUAUGAACAGAAUCACGUAGUGGCUAUGUUUACUUAUUUUCUUGUCAAAGAUGGUUUAACCGCCUUGCCCUGAACCAUUAGCCUGUGUAUCCUCAACUUUUGGUUUUGUAUAUAUUACUAUUUUGAAUACUCUAUUCAUUGUAUAAUGUUUGUGCUAUUUUCUGGCGUUGGAUCUGUCUUGGAUUGAUGUGUAACUGGAAGACAAAUACCUAUUGCUUUGUGUGCUUUCUGUUAAUCACUGCUAUUCCCUUCUGUUUUUAUUUUUCAGCCUAGAUUUGACAAGAUAACUGAAAUUAUUCAUUUUACUUGCCUGGACCUUGAAAACAGCAAAAUUUCUGGAAACAAGGAUGACAUGAAACUUAUAGAAUUGCUGAGGUCAAGAUUAUUCCUAGAAGUAUAUCAGCCUUGAAUGAAAAGUGUGUUUGAGCAAAACCUUGAUAAUUAAAUGCCAUGGAAUUAUGCCACUUGGAAGAUAAGGAGUAUCGAAGUGAGUGUGCAUAAUUUUAUUUUUCCAUAAGAGUUUGAGACAUUUACCAUACUGUUAUUAGUGACUACCUCAUCCUCAACCCUUCUUUACAGGCAGAGUACAGCCUCCAAGAAUGCUGAGCCAACAGAAUAUGGGCUGAGUAGAUUUGCAUUUUUUUCAGGUUGAUCCAAAACCUCACAGACAAGAAGUACUUAAAUAAUAUGGUAAUGGUAAUCCAACAGGUGGCAUUUUUUUAACAGCCAUGUGAAUUGGGACUGUGACUGUUGAGAUGUAUUUAGAUGCCUUAGAAUCUACCUUUAGUGGAUCCAACCUAGACCAUGAUAGUCUUUAAUAAAUGGCAGACUUAAAGAAUAAUGAAUCGGGUAUAAAUGAGAACAUAUUGUUGAAUUUCAGCAUUGUUCAAACAAAAAAAUUGUCACUUUGAAAGUAAGUUUAUUUUGUCGUUUGAACUGAUCACAUUUUUUUUGACCCACAGAAAUUUGAUGAAUUGUCCAUAUGGCCAAGUUCCUGUUUCAGAGAGUGUAGGUCAUCAAUGUGACUGUCCAGACUUCAAUAAAUAGUGAAUAUCUAGCUUUGAAAAGAAAAUAAUUUUGAACAAAAUGUUUAUAGAAAUUUUGGAGGACUUCAUCACUUGACUUUAUCGGGUCCUCAGAUGAUCAAAGAAAUGGAUUUUAUUAAAUAUGUUAAUUUAAUGGUCCAAAACAAGUUUUUCAGACCAGACCAUGAGAUUAGAGAAUUUUAAUAUGGUGGUCUGGUAAACUACCUAAUAAUAAUAUAAUAUGUAAUAGAGUUUGAUGGGUAGACACUGAAACAGCCACUUAACUUGGUUACAGCUAUAGAAAAGACCAUUUAUGCAACUAAGAAUGUGGAUAAAUUAAUAAGUUCCAGCCAAGACAAGAGAACUUGAAUUGUACUACUAAUAUCCACUGGCAACUUAAAUUACAUUCAGGAACUAAUAAAUAAAAGAUAAAAACUGGAAUAAGGCCAAUCACACUGGAAUGAAUGGUUCAUACUAGGAGCCUAGAACUUGUUCCAUUCACAAGAGGAUCACUUUUAUACCAGAGGCCACAGACUUCAGGAAAAGUAGUAGUCAAGAUUAUAGCUUCAACCAAAAGUUUGUACUUUGUUGUCUGGUAAGAAUAUUUAAUGGUAUUAAGCCAAUCGGAAGAUUACUGGUCAUGCCUCAGGAAGUCUAAGCGAUGAUGGUAUUGGUCAUUAUGACAGACCUCAUAAACCUGCUGGUCAAUAAUACACUAAACAUGGACACAACCAUAAGAGGUUACAGGAAAGGUCAAGGUCUAUGAAGUUUGGUCAGGUGGAGCCUGCGAGGAACCACAGGAUAGGACUAGUUAAGGAAUUGGCGGAAGGAGGAGGACCUUAUUGUUGACCAAGGAAAGGCAGGUGAUGGGGAGUCAAUACUCUUUUCCAAUUUCUUUCCACACAGACCAGCUGAAACUUCAGGAAUAAUGUAGGGCAGAUUAUGGUGGUUUAACACCAUACCAGGGUAGAAGGUGGCAACCUAGAGGGCAUUGCCAACAUCACUAUUAGUCAAUGACUGUGAGGCUGAAAAUGUAGUAGAGGACUUGUAGUGUUUCAGUUAACCUGUACUCAGCAAUGUUAUGGGACAAAGUAGGCUGUGACUGAGACAGUAGAAAACAUUCUGGAUACCAAGGCUUCCUUCAGCCUCUCAUCAUUUCAGCAAGACUCCUGUCAGUCUCCCAUCAUUUAAGUCAUUUAAGGCUGCUAUAUCUAUUAUGACUGCUAGAAUCAGCAAACACCCCAGUGAUUUGUGUCUUACUUCCCUGAAGCUUCUCCAAAUUCACUUCUAACUUUGCAAGGGCCAUGCAUAUUUGAAAAUUCUAGGGGCAAUUGAAUUAUGAUGUUCUUGUUACCAGCUUGUUCAUUUGCAGAAAUCCAUCAGGCUACUGUUUUCCUCAGUAAUUUCAUAGUCCUCAUAUCGUGAGGUGCACUUAUUUCUAGCAGGGUAUCACAUCUCAGGGAGGUUGGCACAGAGGAGUGGAGAAAUUUAACUAGAUAAAAGAUUCCUCUUCAAUGAGAACAACAGAGUGCAUAGUGCAUUGGAAGGUGGUGGAAUCUAAAGAUGAGAAUCAGAUGCCCUAGAAGACUUUCUUCCAAGAAGUUAAGAGAUUUGAAUUAAUCCUUGUCAUUGGACAUACCUGGGACCUCAGUUAAAUAGUACAGAAAAUUCUGUACAAAACAACAGUAAUACACCAAAUGCCAGUGAAAUUUCUUAGAUCUCAGCAGUGUCAAUGAAGAAGAAAAUGGAGACAGUGACUGGUUAAAUUGUGGCCCCCCAGCUGCUACCAUUCCAGACUCAUUCAUUCGUGAGAGGGGGCACCUGCAGAAGUCCUGGAAGGCUUGGAUAUUCCUCUGAACCCAGAAGCCGUAUAAUCUUAUUGCCUGCAGCUUUUUCAUAUUUAAGUUAGUUCUCCAAGGCUGCUAGCCAGUAAUAUUUCCUGUUUCUGUAUCACUGGCUUUUCCUGACCUCUCAGGUGUUCAUACAGGUGCUGCCCCACAAAGAGGGCAUUUAUCUGCAUAUGUAUUUGGAAUGGUUGACUGACCCUUCCUUCCAGACAUCAGCAUCAGAGAUGUAUAGCAGCUGUCUGGUGUUGGACAACUAUCAAAACAUAGAUAAAGUAAACGAGUCUAAACAACAAAUGGAUGAAGUAGUUAUUAAAAUAUAUUCUGCAGAAGGAUAUUUUAUGAUAAUUGCAACUAUAUGUUGCAGAAGGAUUGGUAAAAUAAUUGUAAAAAAGUGUAUGUAGGCAAGGUGCCAGGAAGAACAAUAAAGAAACAAGUCACAACUGCAAAUUCAUCUUACCAAAACUUAGUAAAUUUAGGUUUUAUUAUUAGCAUACACUGUCAUCCUUAGAAAAUAAACAUUUUGACUUGAUAGUUGGCCCACCAUGAAUUGGUUUGGAGCUUGCAGGGACAGCCAACAAAAGUAAAAAGUAAGAAGGAAAGAAAAAAAAUAUUUUAAUAUCUGGACAACCUUUGGACAUAAGUUUGUAAGAUCAUAUGACACAUCAGAAAUAUUUGUCUACAAGAUACUUUGAUGGAUAGUUGGAACAUUUGCCAAAGAAAUACUAGCAUUAUGACAAUGUUGCAGCAUUAUGUAUCCAUUGAUGAACGGAUCAUUAUAAGUCUGUGAUUAGUUAAUUGAAGACCUCUUGUAUGAAAGCGCAUUCACUAUGAUACUGAACCACAUCAUUGCAGUUGAAUACCAUAGAAAACUGGGAAAUGUAGUUAGAGAAAAUAUGUUACGGGAACACACAAUUAUCAUAGACAAAUUCUCGUAAGACUGGUUACUUAACAACCCAUGCAGUUUUAAAACUGUGGGAAGCAUACAUGGCAGGUGUUUGUGACCAAUGUAGACUGGAAUCUUCUUUGUAUGACACCUGGCUCAAGCAGCGUGGGCAAUAGGUAAUCUUCAAGUAGUACUUGAGAUUAAUGGAGAGGACUGUUCCCUCCCUUUUUCUUUCCCAAGUGUUGAACAGCCAUAUUUUGUUGUUUCAUGGAAUUCCCUUUCUGUUUCAAGCUCUUGCAUCAACUCCACUAAAGCCUGUUCAGUGCAACCUGUAAGCAUGUACCUUAACAUGGAGAUUAUCUUGCCAUCUCUGCAGUGGACAGGCUUCAUCCAAAAAGCAGCGAAUUAUUUUUCUCUAUCCAGUAGAUGAAAAACGAUGGACUUGUAUCAGGUGAAGUAAAAGUGGGGCAGUUUCUUUGAUUGGAGUUGUCAGUGGAUGACUCUACAUGCUUCCAUUAUUCCCAGCUUUAAUUUAUCCACUUUAAUGCAGAAGGGUAACUUCAUUUCAGUUUUCAUUGGGUACAGAUAAGCACUUUUGUAAUGUUAAUGUCAAGGAACUUCAAUGGAAUCUUGAGAUGGAAGCGGCUCAUUCUGUAGUUAAGUUUAUAUAAUUCCAAGUGGAUUAUCAUCCUAGCUCAACAGAGCCUUCAAAGCAAACCACAGAAAGACUCAAGGCUACAUGCUGGCUUUAGCAUUUCUCAGAAGUGGGAGCUGAGUGAGCUGCUGUCUGAAGUAUUUCACACAAAUAAUGCUCGUCACCAAGAAAUAAUUUUCUCUGGAUACCAUGGUGAAAACCCCAGUUUAGGUUAGGGAUGAUUGAUCAAUGGUACUUUCCACAAUUCUUGCUCUAGGGAACCAUUUGUGAGUGAAUGAAGACACCUUUCUUGUACUAUUAACUUCAUCCUAAGCUCUCAUGGAAGGUUAUUUUGUGUGUUUUAUCUUUACUUUUUAUUUGAAACAAUGUCUUUGCUGGUUCUUAGCACCAGAUGUUGCUGCAUUUUACUGGGGGGUCAUCACUCUUAAAUAUAUGGACACUUUCUGAAUACAGCAGUGGUUGGUUGGCAGUCAGGUGACCAACUAAACAACUGUCAGUGUCCUCAUAUUUUCCAAACUUUCAUUACACUGAUGCUAAAAUACCUAAACUGUAAAGUAGCUGUGAGACUGACACACACACACACUCACAACUAGGUCAUACCAGAAAUGCUCUGGUAGAAAUAUUACGUGAAUUUCAAAUUAAGAAGCCCAGUAUGGCUUAGGAGUCAACUUUAGGCCUCUUGUCAUUCAGGAACAUUUUUAAACCUCUCUACUGUAUUUGACUCUCCCAUCCCAAGCGGUUGAUACAUAUGUUUGGCUUGCUGCACUGACAGAAUAAAAAAUUAGUUUUUCCAUGUUUAAAACAGCUGUUUAAUACUCGGUUUAUCUCCUCCAAACAGGCAUUAAGGCAUAGGUAAGAGUAAAUGGUUUGUGUCUGAAAAACUCUUUCAAAUUGUAAUACACAAGAGGUUAUAAAUGGUGAUUCAGUAAAAUAAAAAUUACCAAUGGUAAAGUUACAUUUGUUUAAAACUGAAUUCCCUAACAACCUCUGCUUAAACAGUACUACAUGGUUAAGAAAAUCCAGAAUAUUAAGCUUCCAGCAUCACUAAAAAAAGGAAAUGUUUGGGAACAUAAUCUGUAUUCUCAGACAUUACCGGAACUUUUAAUAUGCUGUACUAUAUAAUAAGUUCACUUGAAGGUGUCAGGAUUCGCUGCCUAUCAGUACGAAAAGCAGUCGUUUGAUUUCAAGUAUAAUUUUUAUAAUUGUGCUGAAAUCAUAUUUCAAGUACGGCUAUUUCAGAUCAUCAUUUACAUAAAUUGAGUGGUUAACAACAAAAAGAAAUUCACUCCAUAUCUGGCAUUAACAUUGAUCUUUAACAGCUUUUUCACUACAGUAUACCUAAACUAUACUUUGUCCUCAUGAAGGUUAUGUCAUACCCCAUGAUUAUUUACAUUGUAAUGAAUCAAAUUUUGAAAUUCAAGUAUAUUUGAGAUAAAAAAAUGUUUUGGAUAAUGUUUGUUUUUCAAAAUUGACCCAGAAUACAACUGGCACAUUAAAAGAUUGCGUUGACUUCUGCAUGAAUGUUUUAAUAUGAUAAACUUUUUUAUAUUUUUAAUUCCGUAAAUAUGUUUACGCACAAAAUUGUUUCUUUAGCACAAUGUGAUUUUCUUAGUACGUACCACCUUACAAAUUCCUGAUCUGUUACAUUGGAAAGUCACAUUAACACAGAGAGUUUAACUAUUUGAUAACAGCAUUAAGUGGAAGACAUUGGCCCUGGAUAGUACCUAUACUGCCACUUUGCUUUUUAUAGUUACUCAGGUGUUCUGGAUCUCAUUGUACGGUAGUUCUGGUGCUUCCAAAGAAAAGUCUUACAUGGUGUCUAUUACACAAGAGACCACCAGUUUUGCUUUUCAUAGCAUCUUUAUAAAUAUAUUGUUAAUAAAAUUAAUUUUUACUUGUGUCUACAUUUUACCUUUGAAGAAAAAAAGUGGUGUCUUUAGUUUUAAUAAUUAUUUACUAUUAAAGAUGACAGUCUGUUAAAGGUUAAACUGCUACCCAAAAUUAUAAAGUUCUUUUUUAAUUAUUGAAUGCUAUAGUACAUACUUGUUUCACUUCUCUAGCCCAUUCAAUCACAUUUUCAGUCGUAGUGUUUGCUUGAAGAUGUCUUUAAGAGGUACAGUCAUUUCACUGAAAAAAAUCCCAAUGUCAUAUACAGUAUAGCCAUAUUAUCAUGGAACAUUGUACUCCCAUUCACACCAAAUGCUUCAUGCCCGAACAAGAUUUCCACACUGGGGGCACUACCUCACAAGAGCAUGAUAAUCAUUCCGUGCUGAAGCUUGCCAUGGAUCACUGGUUUUGUUGCUUUUGGAAGUUCCUUUAGCAUUUUGUUUGUCUUAAAUUGUUUUUUGCAGUUACAGUACAUAUAUUGUUGAUUACUGUGAAUAUCAAAUUUCAUUUUGCAUUUA